UAAAAAAAUAAAAAAGCUCUUCAAUUCUACAUUUCUACAUGAUAGUCAUACACCUUUAAUUCAAAAAGAUCUUAAAUUUUGAAAUAAUUUUUUCUCUUUGUCUUUUCUUGCUUUGUUUCUGCCUCACUUUUCCAGUUGUUCUUCCAUUUCUCUACCCAAAGCUUUAGGGCCCGUUUCCAAAUCUAGGGUUUGUUUAUUUCCUUGAUGAGCUGAGUUCAGGCCUCUGAGUCUCAGUCUACCUUGUUUGGUUCUUUAAGCUUUUCAUACUCGGCAUUAUUUUUGUUACUCUAAUCACGGGUUUUCUAGUAGUGAAAAUCAACCUCUAACUCUUGUUUCGUUUGCUUUUUGUUUAAAUUCAAGCUUCUCGGGUCCUUAAAUUUUUACUCAUUUAGAAAAGGACCCUGAAAACCCCUGUUUUUGAACAUCAUUAGGUUUGCUGUAGAAGAUUUAGGGUUUAGAAAGGCUUACUUGGGAAGCUAUAUUUUCUUGCUAAAACCUUUUUUUUUCUCAAAAUUUUCUAAUUUUUUGGUGCUUCUUCUUUGUUACCAUUUGAGGUUAAAAAUUUUCUAAUUUUUACACAAUUUUUCUUGUGUACCAAUAAGCUAGUGUCUCAAUAGUAAAUGCAUGGAUGGGAGAGAAGCUAUGGCAUUAUCAGGCGGGUCUGCUCCUUAUUAUAUUCAUAGAGGGGUUGGUGGGUCUAGUUCUGGUUCAGUAACACACACUGGUAUAGCAGCAUUUCAUUCUCAACCUGGGUUCAGGCCUUUAUCUAACCCUCCUGUUCAGCUUCAGUCUAAUGUUGGAUCAACCUUUACUGGGGAGCUUAAAAAUGUCAGCUUUCCUCAUGGAAUUAACAUGGAUGCCUCCUCUGGGACGCCACUGAGCGAGCCAGCAAAGAAGAAGAGAGGUAGACCUCGCAAAUAUGCGCCUGAUGGGCAGGUAUCAUUGGGGCUUUUGCCUAUGUCUGCCAAGCCUAAGCCUUCAUCAGGAUCAGAUGCUUCUGGUCAAAAAAGAAACCGAGGCCGGCCUCCUGGGACUGGAAGGAAGCAACAGUUAGCAUCUCUAGGUGAAUGGAUGAACAGUUCAGCAGGGCAGGCAUUUGCUCCUCACGUUGUCACCGUUGGAAUUGGAGAAGACAUUGUAGCAAAAAUGUUGUCCUUUUCGCAACAAAGACCAAGGGCUGUCUGCAUCCUAUCAGGCAGUGGUACAGUUUCCUCAGUAACCCUACGUCAGCCUGCAUCAUCUACUCCUACUGUGACAUAUGAGGGCCGUUUUGAGAUAUUAUGCUUGUCGGGUUCUUAUUUGCUUGCUGAGGAUGGAGGACCUCGCAAUCGAACAGGUGGCAUAAGUGCUUCUCUUUCUACUCCCGAUGGUCAGGUCAUAGGUGGUGGGGUUGCAACAUUGAUUGCAUCAAGCCUAGUUCAGCUAGUGGUAUGCAGUUUUAUUUAUGGGGGAUCUAAAACCAAGACCAAACAACCAGCUAGUCCUCAAGGCAGCAAGGAAUCUGUACCCCAGUUCAGCCCUAAAUCAAUCAUGCCUACUAUUGCACCUUCAACUCAGAAUUUCACUCCCCCUUCAAUGAACAUUUGGCCUGGUUCACGGCCGGUUGAUCAGAGAAACCCUCACACUGAUAUUGACUUGACACGAGGAUGAUUGUACAUAUGUAUUAUUGUACAUGUACUGAAUCUUUGAGAGGUUGGAAAAUUUUAAAAUCUUUCCCAUUCAGCCAACAGGAGCAAAUGGGGUUUGUCCUAACCUAGAUUGUAACAUUCAACUGUGAGUUUUCUCGAGUUUGGCUGGGAAACUUCUUGUAAGAUGUGUAGUUUGGAGUUAAAAAAGUAACAUUGAUCUGUAGUUGUAAGAGAUGUCAUUUUAAGGUUCAAUGGUAAUUCAAGCAAACAAAAGUUGCCAUUUUUUUAGCCAUUAGGUCGUGUUGUAAUUUAAGUUUUCCCAAAAUUUAAGUUGAAAUGUCUGAAAUUUGUGGUUUGGUACAA